AGUUCCAACCCCUUGUAUUUAUUUAUGCCCGUGUGAGCCAGAUAGCAGGUGUUUCUUCGUCAUCUUCUGCCCAGGAAUCUUGGCUCGAUUACUGGAAGCUUCUCAGAUUUGUGUGGGCAUCUCUCUGCAGAUAAGUUGCUUUGCUUCUGUGUUCUUGAUCUUUGAAGAAUGAUGUUUCGUUUUAUGGAACUUGUUGCCUUGAAUUUGUGCUGAUUUGAGUAGUUUUUUGUUGGUGGGUUUUGGAUAAAUUUGUUAUUCAGUUGGUAAAAAUCUGUGAUUGGUGUUGGAUUUUAGGAAAUGGGUUUCUGUUUGGUUAUGGUGUUUGUGGGAAUUGGACAUGCAUAUACUUUGAUGGUGUAAGACUGUAAGUAGCUUCAGGUAGUUGAAUUGGGGGUUGAAAAAGCUCGAAAAGCUCAAAAAUUGAUAAGGAAGGUGAUUGAUUUUUACCUCUGAGUGCUUGAGGCGUGUGAAUAGAUGUAGAAUAUGGUUCUAGGAUGAAGAAGUUGUUGUUGUGAUUGUUGUUAAUAGUGAGGAUUAAGGAAUGGAAGGGAAUUUAUCACAAGGAGGAGGAGGUUUGGUUCCGGGCGGGGCUUCGUUUGGUGGGCUUGAUUUGCAAGGAUCAAUGAGGGGUCAUCACCAAACCCAACACCAACACACCAUACACCAUCACCUUCCUCAUCCUCAUCAAGGGUCGUUGGUCCACCCAUCAAUUCCCGAAGGUUUUCCGCUCAAAAUGGGAACCAUGCAUCACUGUGAUCAAACCAUUUCCAUGGUGGAUUACAAUAAGGGGGAGAGAGGCAAGAACUCGGCAAGUGAUGAGGAUGAGCCGAGUUAUGCGGAAGAUGGUGCUGAUGGUCACCCUGAAGCUAGUAAAGGGAAGAAGGGGUCGCCAUGGCAGCGUGUGAAGUGGACUGAUCAGAUGGUGAAGCUUCUGAUUACUGCUGUGUCAUAUAUAGGCGAGGAUACAAGUUCAGAUUGCGGUAGCGGGGGAAGAAGGAAAUAUUCUGUUGUACAGAAGAAGGGAAAGUGGAAAUCUGUUUCCAAGGUCAUGGCAGAAAGAAGAUAUCAUGUUUCUCCGCAGCAGUGUGAAGAUAAAUUCAAUGACCUUAACAAAAGGUAUAAGAAACUUAACGAUAUGCUUGGGAGGGGCACUUCUUGCCAGGUUGUUGAGAACCCUGCGCUUUUGGAUGUGAUAGAGUACCUAACAGAGAAAGAAAAAGACGAUGUUAGGAAAAUAUUAAGCUCGAAGCACUUGUUUUAUGAGGAGAUGUGUUCGUAUCAUAAUGGAAAUCGUUUGCAUCUGCCUCACGAUCCAGCCUUGCAGAAAUCUUUACAAAGGGCACUUAAAAGAGAUGAUCCUGACAACGAUGAUCUGAGAAGGCACCACCAUGAUGAUCUUGAUGAAGAUGAUCAAGAUAUGGAAAAUGACGAGCAUGACGACUUUGAGGAAAAUAAUGCUUUACGUGGAGAUAACAGGGGAAUAUACAUUUCAGAGGACUCUGUAAAGAGGUUGAGACAAGGCCAGGGCCGUGAAGAUUUUAACUUUGGGAGUUCUUUGAAUUCCCAAGACAGUAACAAAAGUUCUUAUUCUCACCCCCAGAUUCUUCCCCAACCUGAUAUGAAUCAAGUUUUACCUGAUGGUACAAAAGCUGUUUGGUUACAGAAGCAGUGGGUUGAAUCGCGUUCAUUUCAGUUAGAAGAACAGAAGCUACAAAUUCAAGUUGAGAUGUUAGAAUUGGAGAAGCAGCGUUUGAAGUGGCAAAGAUUUAGCAAGAAAAGGGACCAUGAACUGGAAAAGCUGAGGUUGGAAAAUGAGAGGAUGAAACUUGAGAAUGAGCGUAUGAUAUUAGAAUUGAAACAGAAGGAAAUGGGUGCUGGAUUUAGUUAAGUGGCUCUUCUGAUCAGUACUUAUUGCAAUAGUGGGACAUCUAGGCCAUGUUGAUUCUCUCGAAUUUGGUAAGCUGCUGUGGGUUCAAGUAUCACAUAUUGGUUGGGGGAGCUUUCUUGGAAUGACUCUACCUAGAUGUACCUAUCGCCUAGGCAAGACUAUCCAUGACAGGCUUUGGCUUCGCUUUCGCCUUUUACAACAUUGAUUGUGGAGUCUACACUGCAUGUUUAAGAUGUUUGUCCACUCCCUGUCCAUACCACUUUAUCAGCUUGCAGAACUGGAUUCUUACAAGCAGGCUGCAGCUGUGGGUUUUAGCCCAUUAUUGUGAGGAAGGAUCUCAUUCCCGUCAAGAUCACCCUGCCAUUGUCCUGUCAAAUAACUCAUUGCUCAUGUCAGGUGCGCUCCUCCUCCUGACUUUGUGACUCUCUUUGCUGGGCAGUGGUCAUUGCAUGAUUGGACUUGAUGAGAAAUGAAGAGAUUCCUCACACCAUGGAGGGGCGGGUAUUGGUGUAGUCAAAUUAUAAAUUGAUACACUGUGCAUAGCAAUGGUAAUUUAGCUCAAAAUGCUUAAACUGUGAAGGAAGAAAAUGAGAACCUGAGACUAGCUUGUUUAAUGUGAAUUUUGAAGUGCUGUUGGUGCAUGAAAUAACCGAGGGACCUCUAAUUGAGUUAAUCAGUGAUAGAUAUUGUUCAUUUUCUCGCAGACAUGUAAACUUCGGGUCUUGUUUUGUAAUUUCUAUAGCACCCGAGUCAGCAUAUAACUUUCAAUACAUGAUCCGAGGAUUUGGUAUAUAUCCUAAUUUCUGUUCCUUCGUUGUAUUA